AUGGAUCACAAACAGGUUGCGAUGCUUAAGGCAUUGAUCCCCAAGGUGCCUGUGAUGGGUAAGACGGCCUUGUCCCAUACGUUUGGUUUCUCAGAACAAUCUAAAUACUGGGACUUGCGCUCCGCGCUCAUAAUUGACGUUCUACGAUCAUUCAUGAUCGAUUCGCCACCACAAUCUAUCGGAAAGCUCCAAAAGUUCAGCUUGAGAGACCCCGGGAUCAAAGGCAGGAUAUGGGUUAGCAAAGUCACCAUUCCCAGGCCAGAGGAAGAUGAUAUCAGACAAGCAUUAUUCCAAGCCAUCGAGGCGUUGAAAGAACCGGGAGAGGCAGCAGGAGGAUACAAGGAGCCAGAACUCAUGCCUGUGGAAGCAGAAUGGACGGGCUACCGCGCAGGCGCAACAGAGAAAUCAGCAGAGUUGAAAAUCCCAGAGGAGCAAAAGUAUACGGAGAUGAUGAAGGAAGUCACUUCUCCGACAACAGUCCUCUACUUCCACGGCGGGGCUUUCUUCUUAAUGGACCCCUCCUCGCACCGUCCAACCUGCAAAAGGCUAGCAAAGCUCACCAAAGGCCGCGUUUUCUCCAUUCGCUACCGUCUCGCGCCUCAAAACCCCUUCCCAUCCGCUCUACUCGACGCUCUAGUAUCAUACUUCACACUGCUCUACCCACCCCCCGGUUCACUCCACGAAGCCGUCAAACCAGAACACAUCGUCUUUGCCGGAGAUAGCGCAGGCGGAAACCUAUGUCUCGUACUCCUGCAAACCCUGCUGUCAUUCCGCCGACAAGGCCUAACGAUCCGCUGGGACGGCGAGGAGCGCGAGGUCCCGCUACCAGCAGGCGUAGCGGUCUGUAGUCCCUGGGCCGACGUAACGCACUCCUCACCGUCCUGCGAAAACAAUGCUGCGUUCGAUUACCUGCCUCCACCCAGUACGAACGCCCCAAUCCCCAAAGACACCAUAUGGCCCGUCGAGCCAGCCCGCUCCGCGCUCUACGCCAACGACGCGCUGCUUCUGCAUCCGCUAGUCUCUCCGCUCGCAGCCAAGAGCUGGCAGGGCAGUUGUCCGUUGUAUAUCGAGACUGGCAGGGAACUGCUAACCGAUGAAGAUAAACACGUAGCGGCGAAAGCCGCGGAGCAGAAAGUGCCGGUCGUGUUUGAGGAGUAUGAGGCGAUGCCGCAUUGUUUCGCUAUGCUUCUGGAUGGAUUACCUGGCGGGAGGGUGUUUUUUGAGAGUUGGGCCAGCUUUAUUAGUGAUGUGACGCAUGGGAAGAGCGUGGAGACGAGCGGGAAGAAGAUUUUAGCAAAGUCGCUGAAAGAAGAGAAGGUGGAUGUCGUGGGGUUGCGGGAGAGUAGUGAUGCGGCUGUAGUUGAGAGGAUGAGGGAGCGGGUGCAGAUGAUGAGUGAGAAGGCUGGGGAGAAGUCGAAGCUGUAG